UUUGUGUGGUGAACUUUAUCAGAAUUAAGAUAAAGAUAAACUUUUAAUAGAAUAGCCAUAUAACAAUAAAAUUGAUCUAAAUUGUACUAUCAGAUAUUUAUUAGCAGAUUUUGCAGUAUUUCCUUUCGUUUAAAAGUUUAACGAUGUCUGAGGAAGAUGUUAACAAAUGGGUGGGAGAUGCGCAAGAUACAGUUUCAGAUGGAGUAAAUUUGAUGUCAUUUUCAAGUUAAACUGCGUCUACCAUCUGAAUUACCUUGUAAAUGAACUACCCUUUAAUUCAAGUCAUUACUUUAAAGAGUAUUCAAUUUAUUAUAAGUAAUUUUAUGUUUUAUGUUGGAUAUUAUCUCUUUAAAUCUUCAUCAACUUCACAUUUUUAUUGACCCAUUGGUGGGCGUAGGCCUCCUAAAGGUAGCUCUGUCCAGAAGCUGCUCGUGCUUUGAAAUGCACUGCCAUGACCCAGUACUAAGUCGUCUUGCAACUCAACUGUUCACAAAAACAAAAGAUUAUUUGGAGACAGAGGUUUCUACUGGACAGGAUAUGUAUACACUGUUGGAAGAAGUCAAUAGGUUAACUAUCACCAAACACGCUGAUUUAAGAAGUUUGGUUGUCAACCUCAGCAAGACUCUCAAAGAAUGUAAUCAUAUGUAUGCUGAACUUAUUAGACCAUUGUUACUUCAAAUCGAUCAAUUUGACUCAAAAGUCGCAAUGAUCGAAGCAAACGCCUAUCGCUUGGACAGCUACACCAAGCAAUUAAAAGCACGUUUCAAGCAACUACAAGAAAAUUGAACUUUAUAGUUGACUAUUUAUCAUAAUUUAAUAUGCAGAGCAAGAGUUGAGUGUCAGUUUGUUAAGUGUGUAAACUAAAAACUAUAAGAGUAGCGUGUUGAUAUAACACAGUACAGCCAACAGUACAGUACUGUAAGUAUUUGUAUAUCAGCAGUACUGUUUUACAUGAAAUUAUUAUUACGGUUUGUUCGUAUUUCACCAAGUUUAUCAAUUUGUUGCAGAGUUUAUAAUUUGGUGGCACAAGGCCUGUAGCCAUAUGGCACGUCGAUUUUCUUUCUACAAACGCUAACGCUUCGAAAACUAAAAAAAUUGUAUGGGGAUGACAGAUCCUAUAGACAAUUUGAUCACGUGACCUCGAUAGCAAAUGUCAUUCCCAUACGUUAUUUAACUUUCGUAGAAAAAGAAUCUACGUGCCAUAUGACUACAGGCCUAGGUUCUUUUGAAUACGAUAUCAACUUUAAAAAAAUAUAUUUUUUUUCAUAUUGAUAUCAUUUAUCAAUGCACAUUUGUGUACUCAUUGGCUCGAAGAUAUGUAAUUAUUUCUGCUAUUAAAUAAAUAUGUCACACUUUAUCUGUUUCUAUAAAAAAAUAUUUAAUUAUAACAGAUAACACUGUUGUCUUUUCACUCAACUCUUGAUUGAUUACAUUUUUCAGAAAUAUGUAAAAAUAGUCAGGUACAUAUGAUUAGUCAUUUUUAGUAAGUAAGUGUGUUAGGUCAUAAUAACUAUUUUGUUUUAUUGUGUGGUGUUUGGGUAUAUUAUUCAUUCUCAUGGACACAAUAAGCUCUUCUUACUAGUAGAAGAGCAGUGAUAGCCUAGUGGAUAUGACCUCUGCCUCCGAUUCCGGAGGGUGUGGGUUCGAAUCCGGUCCCGGGCAUGCACCUCCAACUUUUCAGUUGUAUGCAUUUUAAGAAAUUAAAUAUCACGUGUCUCAAUCGGUGAAGGAAAACAUCGUGAGGAAACCUGCAUACCAGAGAAUUAUCUUCAUUCUCUGCGUGUGUGAAGUCUGCCAAUCCGCAUUGGGCCAGCGUGGUGGACUAUUGGCCUAACCCCUCUCAUUCUGAGAGGAGACUCGAGCUCAGCAGUGAGACGACUAGUAGAGCUACUACGGCAAUUACCUUCUAUACAUUAUAUUUACUUUAUUACUUGUAAAUUAGUAAAAUAUCUAUUUUGUUUUUGUCUUUGGGAAUUUUAUACUUACAUUUUCUAAGACACAGUAAGCUCUUACUAUACUCAAGUCAAUUAAUAAAAAAACAAGCAUAUUCCGGAAGCUCCGCUCUGAAUAGCUCCGAUUUUGAUGAUUUUUCAGGGGGCAGAAAAACAGGGGAUGGUUAGUAGUUUACCCAUUAGUUUUAAUGUAAAAUCAAUCAUAAUGUAAAUAAUAAUGUUUUCUUUCGCUCAUUAGUUUCCUGUAUACUUUGUGUCCUUGUUGUCGGUAGUAUUUUUUAAUUAUUAAUUAUAUAAAUAGCAUAGAUAUUGUUUAAAUAAAUCAAUCUGUCUCCAUUCCAACAGGUUUCGAUUUCAAAUUAUAUCAAAAAACAAAAUUAAUAAAAAAAAUCAUCAAAAUAUGAGCUGUUCUUGAGAACUUCGAGGAAAAUGCUUUAUUGAUUUCAGUACUAUUAGAUGCAAAUACAUAUUAUGCGUAAUAUUUGCUUUAUUACUUGGAAAUGAGAAAAAUUUAUACGUAUAUAUAUUUUUCUCCUAAGCACUUAAUUAAUAAUAUAAUUUAAUUCUUUUCAAUUCCUUUUUUAGAGUAGGAUAAUAAUUAGAAUAAGAAUAUGUUGUCCUAAUAAUGACAUUUUUUUUGUGAAACCUUUAUUGAUUUAUUCAUACGUUAAAGACAACACAAUUUUUUUUUAUUAUUUAUUCUGUUUGACUAAUGAAUAUAUUUAUAUACUAGCGACUACGUUCGCGUGUAAUUCUAUGUAAACUUUUAUCCUCUAUUUCAUAAUUUCCCCCUUUCUAUCGUGCUAAGUUUCAUUUGAAUUUAUUCAGUAGUUUCAGCGGACAGAUAGUCAGAGAGACAAAUAUAAAAAAGUGUUUUUUUUUGCUUCAGUAUCGAUUAUAUAAAAUUUUGCAAAAUAUCUUCAAUGUACAGAAAUGGAUCUGUUACAGUUUUAUUAUAAGUGUAUAUUUUAAGUGUAUGAAAUGUUCUGUUAAUUCUAUGUAAUAAAACGUUCAAAAACGGAUCAAAAUCUUUAUUCACAAUGAAUAAAUUUGACCUUUGACUUUGAAUUCGUAUGUGACCGUCGCCAUUAGUGGCGUAUACUGCACUUAAGACAUUCCUGAAUUCUUAUUUUUUUUAUAAGUAUGUUUAAGUUUUGUGCAUAAAAUGCACACUCAUAAGUAAGUUACUAGUUAGUCAUUCUAAGCUAUUGUGUACUUAACACAGGAUGCAUGAGUGUACAAUAGAAACCUUCAAAGUGGUUACAAUUAUUCCUACCUACUACCUAUGUUUCACACAUUUUGAAUAUUUUUAUUUUAUUUUCUGUAAGUCAUGGUCUACUAUAAUACAAAAUAUUUAAUGUAAA